GGAUCGGUUUGUUCUUCCUCAUCUGAGCACCACUCUGGUACGAUCGCCGUGCUCGGCGGAGCAGCCUGGUCAGCUCCACUGCAGGCUGUCCAAUGGCUUGAUGAAUCCGUGCCGCCGUCGCUUUGUGUUUCAAAGAUAAGGAUCCACGCUUAUCGGUGGGAAUUACACUCUGGGCGGUUGUGACCUGCUACUGCACUCAGCUGGGUGUUAGACCUGAUUUCUGCCACUUGCCAUGCCAGUUUUCACCGCUGCAAAGGUUUCUUCUACUUCAUGUGAAACUUGUGCAUAGCUACGCGGAGAGUGCCAAGCACUGUGCCCGGGCCCUUCACCUCGAUAUCAGUCCUCAAGAUUCAUAUUCCGGUUUCUCCUCCUUCCCCUCCCCUUUUCCUCUCUUCCCUUUUCAGCUGCUGUUAUUACGUGGAGUUUGGAUACUAAGCUUUGAAAACUCCCAUGUGGCGCCCGUCUUAAGUUGGAGCAUGCUCAGUAACCAAAACAUUUUGGUUGCAAAAAGAACUGGGACGAGGAUAGUCGAGUAUUUGGACCUUUGCCCGCUUCCUAACAAAAUGUUCCAAUUCUGGUUUUGAUGGCAUUGGAGAGUGGAGCUGUAGGCCAGCCUGGAGGACUUGAACCAGUGAAAGAAGCUUAUGGCAGUUAAGAAGAUAAAUGUCCCUCUUCCCUUUUUAAUUGGAACUUCUGCUUAGGACCCGUGUAUGACUUUUCAUCUGUGAUCUGUUCAUUCAGUAGCCACUGACUUUGAGUUGCAGGAAGGUCUCUGAAGAUUUAUAUCAAAUGACGUCAAUGGCCAGCUUGUUUUCUUUUACUAGUCCAGCAGUAAAGCGAUUGUUGGGCUGGAAGCAAGGUGAUGAAGAGGAGAAAUGGGCAGAAAAGGCAGUUGAUGCUUUGGUGAAAAAGCUAAAAAAGAAAAAGGGUGCCAUGGAGGAACUGGAGAAAGCCUUGAGUAGUCCAGGACAGCCGAGCAAAUGUGUCACUAUUCCCCGAUCUUUAGAUGGACGCCUGCAGGUUUCUCACAGAAAAGGCUUACCCCAUGUUAUAUAUUGUCGUGUUUGGCGCUGGCCUGAUUUGCAGAGUCAUCAUGAGCUAAAACCAUUGGAUAUUUGUGAAUUUCCUUUUGGAUCUAAGCAAAAAGAAGUUUGUAUCAACCCAUACCACUAUAAGAGAGUGGAGAGUCCAGUCUUACCUCCAGUAUUAGUGCCUCGUCAUAAUGAAUUCAAUCCACAACACAGCCUUCUGGUUCAGUUUAGAAACCUGAGCCACAAUGAACCGCAUAUGCCACAAAAUGCAACUUUUCCAGAUUCUUUCCACCAGCCCAACAACACUCCUUUUCCCUUAUCUCCAAAUAGCCCCUAUCCCCCUUCUCCUGCUAGCAGCACGUAUCCCAACUCCCCAGCAAGUUCUGGACCAGGAAGUCCAUUUCAGCUCCCAGCUGAUACCCCUCCUCCUGCCUAUAUGCCACCAGAUGAUCAGAUGGGCCAAGAUAAUUCCCAGCCUAUGGAUACAAGCAAUAAUAUGAUUCCUCAGAUUAUGCCCAGUAUAUCCAGCAGAGAUGUUCAGCCUGUUGCCUAUGAAGAGCCCAAACAUUGGUGUUCAAUUGUUUACUAUGAAUUAAACAAUCGUGUUGGGGAAGCUUUUCAUGCAUCUUCUACUAGUGUGUUAGUAGAUGGAUUCACAGACCCUUCAAACAACAAAAGUAGAUUCUGCUUGGGGUUGUUGUCAAACGUUAAUCGUAAUUCGACAAUUGAAAACACUAGGCGACAUAUUGGAAAAGGUGUUCACCUGUACUAUGUUGGUGGAGAGGUGUAUGCAGAGUGUCUCAGUGACAGCAGCAUAUUUGUACAGAGUAGGAACUGCAACUUCCAUCACGGCUUUCAUCCUACCACUGUCUGUAAGAUUCCCAGCAGCUGCAGCCUCAAAAUUUUUAACAAUCAAGAGUUUGCACAGCUUCUGGCUCAGUCUGUCAAUCAUGGGUUUGAGGCAGUAUAUGAGCUCACCAAAAUGUGUACAAUUCGAAUGAGUUUUGUCAAGGGCUGGGGAGCAGAAUAUCACCGGCAGGAUGUUACCAGUACCCCGUGUUGGAUUGAGAUUCAUCUUCAUGGGCCUCUUCAGUGGCUGGAUAAAGUCCUCACUCAGAUGGGCUCCCCUCUGAACCCCAUAUCUUCUGUUUCAUAGUGCAGAAGUAUUCACUUCAAUUAUAUUAUUAGUGGACUUGUUUUAAUUUUAGGGAAACUUUCAGUACAGAUACUGUGAGCUUACAUGGAAAACAGCUUAUUUUUUUUCUACAUAAUUGUGACCAAUACAUUUGUAUUUUGUGAUGAAUCUACAUUUGUUUGUAUUAAUGUUCAUGCGAUUAAUUCUCAAAUUGUUGUGAAAAAUACAGAAAAAUUAUUGUGCCCCAGUUCAAAAGUUUGGCAUUAAUCUUAAACUGGAACAUUCUUUUGCAUUAUUGUCUCAAAAAAAUUUUUUUUAAAUUUUUUUAAAAAGUAAGAACACAUAAUGAAAAAAUUACAAUAGUGUAAUAAGAGGGUAUACUGUAAAAAGUCUUCCCUUUGACUCUUGAUCCUCAAGAAGCUGUACUUUUACCAGUUUCUUUGUCCCACCAACUUUUAAAAAACCUAAUUCAUUGUUCUAUAAAAGCAUAUAGUAGGGGCUUAAGAGAAACUAUAAAAAAAAUCUUUUGAAGGAACACUAUGCACUGCUGUAACAAGUAGUGUCCAGUAAAAGCAAAGUGAUAGUUUUCUAGACGACAUCAUAAAAAUUACACUUAAUACAGCUAAAUGUUUGUCAGUGUAUUGUGACUUCACUCAAUAUAUCUUUUGUAAGACAUUUCCUUUUUUUAAAAAAAAUUGCCAACAACAGAUCUCUAGUAUGUGUCAUUUACUCAGAACCUCUCAUAAGUACUACGUUAUAGCUAGUGACAGCGCAUGCACAGCCUUGUUCAGCUAUGUUUGCUGCUUUCAGCUGGUGUUGCAAGGACUCUAAUUUUGACAUGCAUUAAUCUUUUAUUUUGCACUUUGAUGGGUGACAGUUUUUAGUGUAACCUUUUGUGAAACACAUUCAAGUAACUUGGACUUAGAUGCUCGUCCUUACUUCCUUGGUACCCCUUUUGUAUUAACAAACACUGCAAUUUAUAGAUUACAGUUGUAGGAAAUUAAUGCUUUUUUUUAGUUUUUGUUGUAUUUUCAGCCUAGAUUAUAAUACUGUUAUUCUGUAGCUCCAACUUAAGGUGCCUUUUUAAUUCCAGUUUUAUGGACAUUAUUAAUGUUGAAAAGUCAUGUACUUAAUCUCAUUGCUCUUAUUACAUCAGUCUCCCCAUGCAAGGACCUGUGUGCUGUAGCCAUAGGAGCCUCUUCAGUCUGGCCCCAAAGAUGGGAGUACUGGUCUGAUACUUGAAUGAAUCAGCAGUGGUUGUUGAGAUAGCUGAUUUUAAAACAUUCACGUGUCAGUUACCAUGCAUGCUCUUUUUACUUUUUUUUUUAGCACUAUGUGAAUUCUAAUCACCCAGAACACAAUCCUCAGAAAGGAAAGACAAGGAAACUCCAAAAUAUUCAUUUAAUCAGUCAUGCUUAAAGGCUUUGGGUAGAAGAUUCUACCUCUUUUUCUAGGGAGCACAGAUGGACUCUUGGUUAUGGUAUGAGAGCAAAGACAUUAUUAUGAAAAAAAGUGACCUAAUUUACCUAUCAGAAGAAACUUAUUUUCUGGUACCUUGUGUAAGUACUAUAUGGAGUCAUGUCAGUCUUGUGUUUAAGAUGUUAGUUUGGUUUGACUUUCCACCUUACCCUCUCUGCUUUGUGAGGAAGUAAGUGCAUUUUUGAGGAAAGGGGAAUGUGAUUCUUUCUGUUCUCUAUGACAUUUAUUUAUUGCGUCUACAAAGUGCAGCCAAUGGAUGGUUUUCGUUCUUUCAGGUGAAGUGCCUGCCAUGUGCUUCAGCUCACAGCCCUUUGCUGGAUGAAAGGAUACUUUCUGACAGUUACCUGAGCCUUAAAUAUAUGUUUUCCAUGAUAUGCAUUAUCAAUCUUCCAUAAUUGUGUCAGCAGUAUGAAAGAGGAUAUAUUUGCUUAGUGAGAGAACAAUUUUAUUUACUCUUUUUUUUUCUUUCUUUUUUUACUUACCAGGCUCAUGGCACAAUCUUUGGAACAAAUUUAUAGGAAUAAAAUACCCUGGUUGAAUGACAGAUACAUGUAAUCAACUUCAUGGGGCUUGAACUGAGGAAAACUAUUGAAUUGUUUUAUCGAUACUUUUAAUUGAGUUAAUUAAAAAUUGUUUUUAUUCAUGUCACAGCUUUCAAAGUUAGCAGGAUUUUAUGUGAAUGGCCUUUUCUGUGUUUUUUCUAAGGAGCUGUGUCUCGUGAAUGACAGUACUGAAGCUAUUAACUGUUAAGAAUUUCAUGGAGAAGUAUAAGCCUGUUGUAUUUCCUGAAAAUUGUCAAUUCCACACUUCUGGAUUUUAAGUGAAAACUUAAUCUGGCUGCUUCUAUGAUUCCCGAAGAUGUCCAUUAUCCAUGGAUAGGAAAUAAAAAUUGCCAGUAAGAUUUUAAAAAACUAAGUAAAAAUGUGAUCAAUGAAAAGAAAGUACCUUUGAAAGAAACCAUUUCAGAAAAUUACAGUUUUAAGUUUUUAUUUAAUAUCCAGAAUGGUUUAUAAAACAACACCAUUAAAAUAAUCAUUUUAUAGCAUGUAGAACAUAUUAAUAUAUGCCAGCUGAAAAGAGAGUCUGGGAAUAAUAAAAUUAUAACCAAUUUGGUAAAUGCAAAAAGAAGAAUAGCAUCAAAAUUAACUUCAGUAGUGAAUUAAAGCAACAAAAAGAUGUUGAUUGAAAUACACACACAGAAUUUGACUAACAGCAUUACAUAAAAGAUAUUACGGUCUGGUUGGUAUUGCCUGACUUAAGGUGUGAAAUGAAAACUAGUAGGCAUGUUAUUGGUCUAUUGAAGCUAACAUUUUUUUCUUUAGAGAAAAUUUAAGGGAGACAUCAAGCAAAAUGUAAAAUACAUCAAAACAUAAACAAUUUUUUAAAUGUUAUUGUUAUAUAAGAAAACUGUGGUAAUAGAAUUGGCUGGGUUUCUGAGGUGAAAUCCACUGUAAGAUUACUAGAUAGUUCAAUAAGCUACACCUAGUAGUACAGAAAGGGGAUGCAGCCAUAUACUUUUCAUACACUUGAGAGCAAGACAUCCUUUUAGGAUGUAAAAUGAUCAAUAAGUAUUCAGAUCUGAAAUGUAUUGUCAAGACAAGAACUGGGGCUCAUAAAACCUGUAUUUGAGGGUACCUGUGGGAAACACUUCCCCUGCAAUAGUGUUCUGCCGGGGGAGAAAGUUUUUAUAAAAAAUCAAAUCCUACCAAUAGCAGACUAAAAAGUUUGGUAGUACCCGUUUAAGUGCUGUGCUGCUGUUACAGAGAGUAUCUAAUAUACCAGUUUGGAUCCAUUUCUUCACACUUUUUCUAGUUGUCUGCUUAAUAGUACUUUGGAUCAUUCUCGCUUUCCCAUUUAAAUAUAUUAGUACCUAAUAUAUCCUACCUUAAAAAGGAAGAAUCUUUUGAUAAUUAUUGAAUUCAACUUCCAAUGAUGACUUAAAUUUUGGACCUGUUGACUUUUAAGAGAGUCAGAGCCCUUCUGUGUUGUCUUCGUUAAAGCCUCAAUCUCUCGUAGGAAUAUAAAUGUUUCCUCCUCAUACUCAUCAGCUAGAUAAGCAUGGAUCUUUGAAGGUAGUAGAUAGCCUGGUGAUUUUAGAAGUUUGGUGAUUUUUAUGGGAGCGAGUUUUCCUAAGCAUUGAUUUAUGGAUGGUCUCCUCAGAUAUUAACUAGGAUAACUUUUUGGGGGUAAUCUCAGGUUCGAUGCCUGUUUUUUCCCUGAACAGCAGCCUUUUCCUCAUUGAUGCAGGUAGGAUUCUGGGGAGGUUUUCUUCUCACAGAAGAUCUAUGUAUGGAUAGUGAUAAUUCAAGGCAUCACUUCUGCAUAAACAAUUUCACUUGCUGCACAGAAACUUGGACAGUUCUUUGGAAUCCAUUGCAGUUCAGGUUCAGAGUGUCCUGACUCUAAGAGGUAACAGUGUUUAUCAAGCCUUUGUUAUACUGGAUUAUUCAUAAUAGAAAUGUAUCUUCUAAAAUACAACUGUGUGAUAAUCAAAGUAUUACCCGAAAAUUGGAUGGUUUAUAAAACCAAUAAGAGAGAUUUUACAUAUUAAUUUUUUUAAAAGUAAGAGCUUAUGUUAUAAUAUUUGCUGGUAGCAAUUGCUGUAAAACCAGUGAGGAGUUGUUUUGUUGAAAACAUUCUUCUGUCAUUCGCGGCAGAGUGAAAAAGGUUUGUGCGGUUCUCGUCUAAAGAAUUCUGUUCUUAAUGUUCUUAAAAUCGUCAUCCUAUGGUCCUGUAAGGUUUUAUUUGAAGAUGCUGUUUUUAAAAAGUUCAGAAUUUUGUGUACAGGUAGAUUUUUAUCCCAUUAGUAGUGCUGCCUUAAUACCAGUUGUUGUUAGCUAUAACCAGACUCCAGUGAGGUAAACAAGCCCAGGUUCUUUAUAAAAGAAAAAAUCUUCUAGGGUCGGCUUUCCCAUUGCACGUGAUAUUGCCUUGAUUCAUUCACAAAGACUUUUAACUGUAGGGACUCUUGAAGAUAAUAGUUGGGCAAAUGGCUUUCUUCUUAACCUUGUUGGUUAAGUUGCAUUUUGAAAAUUCCUUAUUUUAAAAUUAGAUAAGAUCGUAAUGAAAAGUGGAUGUUUAUGUACCUGCCCAUGUUCUCUUAAGAAGAUAUUGCAUAUGCAGAUGAUAAAGACCAAACCAGUGGCUGCACUAUAGGUCUGCUUCUUGUAUGUACUUGUUCUGCUUCUGUUUGUUGUAGAAAGUGAAACUCUAGCAACAUGCUUCCAUUCUCUUAUCUUUUUGAUACUUAUAAAAAUGUAUUAGGUUUUACUAUAUUGUGCUUUUCAAAGCCAUAAUUCUUAAGAACUUUGUUUUUGCAUAUUGUUUGCUAAUACUUUAUUUUAAUAAACCUCAAAACCUGC